GCACUAUGUAUAUAUAAAUAAUCGGUGUACUGAUAUAAGUUGUUGAACUGAAUUUAUAGUGAAAUUAAUUAGUAACGCUUUCUCAUUUAGUUUUUAAUGAACCAACUAAAUAUCGUUUAAUUUUUGUGCAUUCUAUAUGUCCUGAAAAUGAAUCGCCUAUUUUUUUAUUUAUUUACUAUACAAUUUUUUGUAUGUGUCCGGUGUUUCCUUCACCGGUAUCCACAUAUAGAGCUCGGCGAGCGCGAUGGCGACGACGCCGGCGACCCGCUCUUCCUCACGCAGUACGUGGAAAGCGGGAAUAUCACGGAAGGAAGACGACUGGCGCGCGUUCCCUUCACCGAAAGUUUAGGAAUCAAAAGUUACGCCGGCUACUUUACAGUGAAUAAGGCUUAUGACUCCAAUCAGUUCUUCUGGUACUUUCCUGCUAUGUUACCUGAUAAUAAGUAUGCUCCAGUGGUAGUGUGGCUUCAGGGUGGUCCAGGCGCUACCUCCUUAUACGGUCUGUUUACAGAAAAUGGUCCUAUCAAAGUGGUAAAUGAAAAAUUUGUACGUCGGAAGUACAAUUGGGCGCUGAAUCAUCACAUUAUUUAUAUUGACAACCCUGUGGGCACGGGGUUCAGUUUUACUAAGGACGUAAAGGGAUAUUGCACAGAUGAGGUGCAGGUUGGUGAGCAGUUGUACUCAACUGUGAUGCAGUUCUUACAAUUGUUUCCAGAACUGCAGCAGAAUAAGUUUUUCGUUACUGGCGAGUCCUACGCUGGGAAGUAUGUGCCGGCUCUGGCAUAUACCAUUCAUAAGAAGAAUCCUAGUGCAAAAUUGAAGGUAAACUUGAAGGGUGUAGCUAUUGGUAAUGGUUUAAGUGACCCGCAACACCAGAUGUUGUAUAGUAAGUAUUUGUAUCAAAUCGGACUCAUUGAUUGGAAUCAAGAAAAAGUAUUCUCCGAGUUUGAACAGAAAACUGUGAGUUAUAUACAAAGCGGGAAAUGGGAGGAAGCAUUUAAUACAUUCGAUACACUUCUCAAUGGUGACUUAAUUGAUGGCAAAAGUAUAUUUUACAACAUGACAGGUUUUAACUUUUAUUUCAACUAUCUCCAUACAAAAGAUUACACUAAGGAAGAAUUUGGGAUACUGUUACAGAAGAGUUCUGUACGUAAACAGAUUCAUGUGGGGAACAGGCCCUUCAACAAUGGUACUGAAGUUGAGAAGCACUUGAAACAAGACGUCAUGAAGUCAGUCGCACCUUGGGUAGCUGAGCUAUUGGACAACUAUUACGUUGUCAUAUACAAUGGUCAACUUGAUAUCAUUGUGGCAUAUCCGUUGACGGUGAAUUACUUGAGAAACCUAAAUUUCACAGGAUCUGAAGAGUAUAAGACAGCUAAGAGGUAUAUAUGGGAAGUGGAUGGUGAGGUAGCUGGAUAUGUAAAGCAGGCAGGCAAACUUGUCGAGAUCUUAGUCCGCGAUGCUGGCCACAUGGUGCCAGGUGACCAGCCAAAGUGGGCACUUGACUUGAUAACACGGUUUACACAUGAGAAAACAUACAAUAAGCAUCUUCAAAGAAUUAGAUUUUAAGUAUUAAUACUCAUUUAUAUGUGGACAAAAUGUCUUUUUGUACGAAAUUUUUUAAACAAUUUGUCUCGAGUUGAUUUAAAAUAUUGUUAAUAAUUGUUCCUAUCUAAGAUUAUUUUAAAUGUCCUAACUACAUUGCAAGUUUAUGUUUAGUGAUUAUCAUCAAAAAUGCUUGUAACUGAAACUGUAAUAAGAGUAGAUAAGCAAGCAUCUUAUAUUAUUGUAACUUGAAUCUCUACAUGAGUGCUCUCUAACCAGUGAAUGCUGACUGCUGAUAAUGAAAAAAACAUUGUUUUCUCUGUAAUGCUGACUAAACAAAGAUGUCAUUGAAAUUACCUGUGUAGGUAAAUAAGUAGCUUGUUUGAUGUAAACAAAACUCUUAAAAUUGUUACUUAUUUUGUAUACAAUAAAGUAUAUUUCCAAUUUUAA